AUGAAGUUGGUUUUUGUGAUGUUUCUGUUGUCAUUGGUGAUGAUUUUGGUGGACUCAAGGAUUUUCUAUGAUUUUGAGCUCGAAAGAAUGGCAAAUCCGGAACAGUGAGUUAUGGAAAAAUGUGUGCAUUUUUAGUGGAUUUUUUUGGCUAAAAGAAAAUAACAACAAAAAAUUGUAUUUUUGAUAUAUAUCCGUUUUUUUCAGAAUUCAAAAAGCUUUACAUCCAACAAAACGCAAUCCGCAAUGUUUGCUAAACGCAGGACUUUCGCAAGGUUGCGAUUUGUAUGACGUCAUCAAUUCUCGAUCAAUCAAUAAUCGUUUGAGCAGUUUUGCCGGACCUGGAAGACGAUGA